ACUUCUCCCACCCCCAACCCUAAUACAAGUGCCUUUCCUCCACCCAUACAUUGGAGGGUGUGGUGCUCCCAUCCUUGCGUCAGAGCUGUGCAAACAGAUGACACUGAACCAGACUAUUUAAGGGGCAGCAUUGAAGGGCUCAGCUACAACCUCGAGCCUGCCUCUGUUCUCUUGUGCACAGCUGCAACCUGCACCUCAUUUAGAAGCUAUGUACAGUGGGGUCUGCAUCUGCCUGCUCCUGGCUGCGCUGUCCACAAGCUCCUUGGGGCAGCAGACUUCAGGGUCCCACAAUGCCAAUCCUGUGGCUACCGAUCUCGAGAAGAGCUUGCUGGAAGCCUACCGGCAUGUCCGUACUCCUGGCUCUGGGAAAUCUAUCCAGCAGCUGGACGGCAACGUUGACCCAAAGGCUAACCUGGGAGCUCUGCUGGCCAAAUAUCUCCAGCAAGCCCGGAGAGGUGCUUCUGGAAAGGUCUCUGUGAUGGGAUUGCAGAGUUUUGACCCGACGCACAGAAUAAGAGACAGAGACUACAUGGGAUGGAUGGAUUUUGGACGCCGGAGUGCUGAAGAAUAUGAGUACUCUUCUUAGAGAGUUUCAAACUAUGCUUAAAAGAAAUGAAAAUCAAGUCCCAUUUCUGUACAGGGUGGGGGGGAAAUUAUCAUCCUUUUCGAAUCAGUGUUUUAAAAGAAAACAUAUGUAUUUGAUGUAAAUUUGUCUGUAAAACUAUACAAUGCAAUAUAUAUUAUAUAAACAUAUGCAGAAUUUUCCAGAAAAAAAAUACUAUCUUUCUCCUAUAGUUUCUUACCACUCGGUUGUAGACAUAUUAAAAAGUAUUUCAUUCAUCCCUCUGUCGUCUGAUCGCCAGAAUUGUUGAUGUGUGUCACAAUCACUGCAGAAGGAAAAUACCCUCACAUCUUUCAUACACUGUUAAUCUGAACAACUUCCAAAGGAGCACGUUAUAUAUACCAAAAAAAUUGCUACGGGCGUUAAGAGGCAAUCUGUCCAGAUAUCAACAUGAAAAGCUUUAUUCAAUGGUUAUGAGAAUCCAUUUCAAAUUUAAUUCUGAUAAAUCUCUGGUGAAUAGAAUGAGUGUCUCAGCAGCAGCUAAGCAUUUUCAACUUUAGGUUCUAUGCCCAAUUUUCAAUGCAAAGGUGAUACUGAUGUUAAAUUUUGGUGUGGAAAUCUUGGAUUUGACGUAUCUUACUAAAAUAGCUGCUUUUUGCAUAUGGUUUCAGGGGGUUCAAAGUCUACCCCCAUUUUAUUUAAUUAGAGCAGCGUUGGACAUGGAACUGAUUUCUGAUUUAACAUAUGUGAGGAUGGUUCGGUUAUUUUCUUUUGUGAAGUGAAUGUGAACAUUCUGCUACAGUGAUUAAUCCUGGAAUAAACAAAACAUUCCUUGC